AUGCGCUCUUUUGGAAAGAAAAGAAAGAGUCUCAGUCAAAUGGUAAAGAAGGUCUUUCUGUAUCCCAGGUUGGUAUUACUAUUGAUUUAUUCCUUUUUCUUCUUUCGACGAAAAUAUCUCUUAUGCUACAGCUCUGUCUUCUAUUCAACUAUGUUAUUCUAUUCAUACAGAAGAAAUCAACAAGUCAUAUUCUGCUCAUUUACGUUGAAUCUAUGUUUUAGUAAAUGCUGCAGUUGGGAUCCCCAUAAAGCUUGUCAUCAGGUAUCCCCAUCUCCAUGCUUACAGUUCUUCUACCAUGAUCCAAAUGUUGAUCACUGCGUCAAAGACAUGAAGAGAACAAUAGAUACAAUGGCCAAUGUAAUCUGCCCUAUUUUGUUGGAUACUGCUAUCAAAGGUAAAGAUAUUUGAUGCUUCAUUACUUUCUUUUUUUUUCUUUUUUUUUGGUAAUUUGCUUAACAUUUUCAUCCGGUACUAGCUUCAUCUCCCCCUCUCCCCUAACUGAUAUUAAUCUAGUCUUAAUUAAUCACAGCUCAGUGGCCUCACCAUAUAUAUGAAUAAGAUAGGAAAUAUCGAAUCUCCAUCCACCAAGCCCCAUGAGAUUCAAAGGAAACCCAACGUUUCACUGUUCAUAAGAAGAGUUUCCAACUCAUCAUCCAUCUGAUGAUUAAAAAAAAAAAAAAAAAGGAUCGAAUUGGAGUUUUAACAAUUUUGUGUGAUGAACUUUUCUUUCUUGGUGAAAUCUGAAGUAACAUCUCCAUCAUCACGCCAAGACUGAGAAUUGUAUGCAGAUAGAAAUGUCUGCUGGAAUCCUCAACGUACUUCAAUGAAAACUCAAACCAUCAUAACAAGAAUCGAUGCUUGAAGAAAAUCCCAGGCUUAAAACUGCUGUCAACGUUUUUGUCCUCAAUCGCUGUCUGGUAAAUUCAUGGUGGAACUCACUUUUUGUCUCCUCCGUCGGUCUCCAUUAAGGUGAUCCUCGAGUGCAUUCAACCAAGAUCAUCUGGGUCAGUCCAGGUACAACCCCUUGGGUUGGGACUUCAAGCAAAAGAACCGCAGGUGAAGUGGCCCUUGAGGUCGUCAUCGAGAAAGAUAUGGCCAAAAAAAAUGGGGAUGCAUGGAGGGUUGCCGUCGAUUGUUGCCUGCCAUUAAUGCAUCUGAUUGACACAACACGGAGCAUCCCAUACGGCAUUCAACAAAUUCAAGAUUAUCUCGGCAUUUCUUCUGCUUUUGACCAGUCUAUUCAGGUGAUCCAAGAUAUUCUUUUGCUGCCAGUUUUCAUUCCCUGA